AUGCGUGGAAUGUGGCGGACGCAGACUCCGGGCCCGUCUUUUUGUCCAAACGGGAGCCCCGGGCUGCGUAACGGCCACUUCCGGGUCUGUCAGACCGUAUUACACCGAUUGCAACACCGGACCGUUCUGUCGGAGCUGUCGGGUCUGUCGAUUUCCGCUCAUUCCCGGGACUACGGAGAGGGAAUUCCGUCUGAUUCUGAUCUGUCCGCCACGGCGGCCUGUUUUUCCGGGGGAAAUGAAGACGUCCGGGGGCUCGCGGCGGUCUUUGGGGGACUCGCUGGUUCGCGCGAGCCCGUCGGCCAGCGACGUGCGUUCGCGGGGUGGACGCAGACAGCCGGUGCCCUGAAUUCAAGAGGGCUCCCCGGCUCUGCCCCCUUCAAGCGGGCGGUCAGGAAGAAGCUGGCCGGGAAGGGAUGGCCUGCUCAGUCCUCUCGCUCCACGGGACGAAGCGCGGCGGUGUUUGAAGGCGGUCGGGUCCGGCUGGAGAGCACCGCGGCCGGCCGGGGCGCGAUGAUGGCCGCGUCGCCCUCCGUGGCCGCCGGCUUCGCGGCCGCCGGGCUGUCGGUGAAAAAGGGCGAGGAAAUAACGAGUUUGAUAGAUUUGUUCUCCAAAACGCCGUACAGAGCUAAGGAAGUCACCCCUCGGAUGGAGGCGGUGGAGAAGCGCUGCCUCGAGCUGUUCUCCAGGGAUUACAAGUAUAGCGUCAUCCAUAACUCCAAUGGAGAAGUGUGUGGCCACUACCCCCGGCAGAUAGUUUUUCUGGAGUACGAGUGCACGGACGUGGACCGAGACAGGUUUGAGGCCACGGUGCACAUCAGCAAGCUGCAGGACCUGGUGAACAGGAGUAAGAUGGCGCGCUGCAGGGGGAGGUUCGUCUGUCCCGUCAUCCUCUACAACGGCAAGCAUAUUUGCCGCUCCUCCACCCUGGCAGGCUGGGGGGAGCUGUAUGGACGCACAGGCUACAACUACAUAUUCUCAGGUGGCACUGAUGACACGUGGACAGAGUCAGAAGAAGUACCAGAGGAUGAUUGUGCAGUCAGGAAUGGAGACUCGCAGCUCUUUGAUAAGGUUCGCGGCCAUGACAUUAAGCUGCUGCGUUAUCUCUCGGUGCGCUACAUCUGUGACCUGAUGGUGGAGAACAAGAAGGUUAAGUUCGGACUAAACGUGACAUCCUCUGAAAAGGUGGACAAAGCCCAACGCUAUGCAGAUUUCACAUUGCUCUCCGUGCCUUAUCCAGGGUGUGAGUUUUUUAAGGAUUACAAAGACAGAGACUACACAGCCGAGGGUCUGGUGUUCAACUGGAAUCAGGACUAUGUGGAUGCUCCUCUGACAAUCCCUGUGUGCUUUACUCAAAACUUGAACAUUGACUGGAGUCAGUACCAGUCAUGGGACCUGGUGGAACAGACCCAGAACUACCUGAAGCUGCUUCUCCAUAUCAUCAAUAGUGAUGAUGAGAGCGGGCUCCUGGUGCACUGCAUAUCAGGGUGGGACCGAACGCCUUUGUUUGUUUCCCUCCUCCGGCUCUCCCUAUGGGCAGAUGGUGCCGUGCACGCCAGCCUGGAACCCGCUGAGAUCCUGUAUCUGACCAUUGCUUAUGAUUGGUUUCUCUUUGGUCACAUGCUGCCUGAUCGACUCUCCAAGGGGGAAGAGAUUUUCUUUUUUUGCUUUAAUUUUUUGAAGCACAUUGUUUCAGAGAAGUUCUCUGCUGUUAAGAAACAGAGAAGGAAAAGCUCGCACUGCAGAGAUGGGGAUUUAACUGUGGAUGACUUCUGCCAGUUGAAGUCCAGAGAUCGGGGCAGUGCGACCAGCCUGAGCAGCGAGUUUUCCCUCAUCACUGAGGACGUGAGCGGGGCCUCCUGCCCCCCCACCGACACACCAGACCUAUUCUCCAGCCAGCCCCAGGCCUCCAGCUGGAAAAAAGUCAGCACGUCUUCCCCUCAGAUGGUGGUGUGGUGUAAGCAGAACCCGGGGGACGAGCCGCUCUUCCACCCCUUCGCCGAGGCCAGGUCUUCCAGCUCCUCCUCCUCCAACCAAUCAGAACAAGGUGGCACACGAACUGGCAGCAGCCCAUUGGCUGUUCCAAAUCGACGGUUAGCGGCAGAGUACGCCCGCUCAGGGUCCUCCCUCUCCACAGAGUACGGCAGCUGGCAGAUAGUCUCCGGGUGUGGAAGUAUCCACGACCCGGCCCACUUCCCUCAGCCUCUGGCUUCCCUUUCCUCCAACGUGUCUGCCGUGGCCUCCUAUGACUCCCCUCUGCCCUUCAGUUUUCAGGAUGAAGGGCCCAGUGGACGAAUGUGUCCCUUCCCCUCUGAGCGUCAGGCCCGUCUGGAGGCGGUGCGGGAACUCUUCCUGGCAGCUUACAGCUCCACCGUGGGCCUCAAGUCCUCGGCGCCCAGCCCGUCGGGCGCCAUCACGGGGCUCCUGGAGCAGUUUGCCCGGGGGGUGGGCCUCCGGGGCACCAACGCCAUCGUCUGAAGCCUCCAGCCUCCACCCAUCCACCGCCCCCCCAGCACGUCCGCGGCCAGAUGCAUAAACCUAGUCUCAUGUCUAAAAUUGUAUGUACAGACAAAUGGGUAUUCAUUUUCUUCAGAUUUACAGGAGAAUGUGUUUGUGAAAUGUUUCUUAUUCUCGAUCUUCAUAAAGUUGUACACAUGCACGAGCCACGAUUUCCAUCCAAAGUUUUUUUUGUCCGCGAAAGGUUGCAGGCCUUUCGUUAACUCUCAUUUUUUGCACGCCAAAAAAACGCCUGCAUUUUGUAGAAAUUGUUGUGUGGUGGACACGGUCCCGAUGAACAAAUUGUAAAAUGAGCCGCUUAUCAUGGAAUCAGAAAAUGUAUCGAAAAGCUCAGCUCUAACAUUCUGAACUAAAGAAAAAGUACAGAGCAUAUCAAAGUAGCUGAAGCAAUCAAGAGAUAAACAGUGGGAUUACACGAGAAAUGAAAAAGGGCUUCAAUUUCUGCUAAGGAGGGUGUCAGGUCUACACCAGAGACACUUCACACAGCCUGGGAGGGAAAUUGUUACCAACUCUAACCCUUUAGUCUUAACAUACAUCAGGUUUUUGUGCUGGAAAAUGUAUUCACUUCAAUUCUGUUGGCUCACAGCAUUUAUGCACCUGGCCCCUUGACUCAGCACAACGAAGUGCCAAAAAUCUUCUUUUUUUUUUUCUACUGAUCAUGAUCAGUUCUGUUUGAUCAUUUGUUUUUUAUUUUACUUGACUUGAAUUUUUCUCUGUUUUUAAAUGCCACUUUUUUUUCUUAGGAGUUUUAACUUUUUCAAUUCAGGGAAAAAAUAAUGAUCUAAGCCACAGUAACAAAAAGGGAUAGUGAGAAAUGUAAAUGACUUCGAACUUGGAGUUUUAAGGCAGAACGGAAAGAUUUGCUUUCAUUUCCUGAUCUUCUUUACUUUUUUCUUAAGUAUUUAAGAGCUUUUGCUGUGUCCGUCCCAAUGCCAUUAAAUCAUGUGCUUUUAGUUCUCUUGUUUAUGCCUCUAUUAUUCACAGAGCCAGUGCAAAGUGUUUGUUUUUUUUCAGGUGGUGAAAGCAGAACCCAAAUUGUUCGGAAACAGAUGACUUCAGUCAUUUUUCCCCCUACUUCUUACUCGCCAUACAAUAGAUCAAACAUAGAACAUCCAUUCAGUUUUAGUCCAGCUUGGUGUAUAAACCUAAAUGGUUGAAUGUCGAUCUUAAAUCACUUCUCAAACACGAGAUCUUCCCUUCUGUCUACGCUGUGAUGUCAUCAUCCAGCAACAUUUGCAGUUUUUUGGGCAAAGCAAAGACGUUUCCUCAAGAAUCUUAGCUUAGCUGACAUGGUACCUUCUCCCUGGCAGUCGGGUCUGGUGCUGGUUGUGUGUCAUUUUAAUGCUUUAAGCAUUUUUAUACUUCUUUAUAUAUAUAGAUACACUUCUGAAUUUAAUUUACACACCUAGUAAUGUUCACAAUCCCUUAAACAUAACUUGCAAAAAGCUAAGCGUUGCUUUGUUUUGAUUGGUCAGAUAUCCUCUUUUUUUUUGUUUUUUCUUUCUAAUAAAUCAUUGGUUAGGCUCUGGGUUACGAAGUGCCUGAAAGAAAUAUAAAAUGAAAGAAUAUAACCUGCUCUUAAACUGUUUUUUUUUUUUUAAUUAACAGUUCUAACA